AUGGAAAACGCUUUUUACAUAUAUACCAAGAACGCCACUGAAAUGGAUAACAGAACCUUCGUAAAAAUUUUAAAGGACUCUAAAUUGCUGAACAAAAAUUUGACAUCUGUUGACGCGGAUAUCACAUUUGCUAAAGUUAAAACAAAAGGAGCCAAAAGAAUUAACUAUGACCAAUUUGUCGAAGCGGUUAAGCAUUUAGUUGAAAAACAUAAGUUAGAUUAUGAUAAAUUUGUACAAACUUUAUGCAAUGAAGCUUCGAACGGACCAAUUUUGUAUGGGACAAAAGCUUCUAAUAUCAGAUUUCAUGAUGACAAAUCUACCUAUACAGGUGUUCAUAAGUUAGGUGGACCAACCAUUAUUGACAAAAACAAAACCCAAUUUUCUGACAUUUCAGAAAUUACAGAUCGUUCUGAAUGCAACAUAAGGGGAGUUAAUGUCAACGUUGAGAAGAAUGUUUAA